AUGGCCGCUUCCGCGAAUGCUUCAAGAUGUACCUUGGAAAAGGCACAAGAGUUGCUUAUUAGCGCCGAAAAAACCUUCAUCGAACAAAAUCCAAACUCCAAGGCUCAGCAUAAGCUGGCUAGUGAAGUGUUACCAGGUGGUAAUACUCGCUCAGUACUCCACACCAACCCCUUCCCAAUCUGUAUGGAACGAGGCGAAGGCAAUAGAUUGGUGGAUGUAGACGGACACGAAUACCUGGAUCUGGUUGCAGAAAUGACAGCCGGCCUAUAUGGCCAUACAAAUCCGAUCAUCCGAGACACCAUUGUCUCUACGGUUACGAAGAUAGGGUUGAAUCUAGGCGCGACGACUACCACAGAGUCCCGGUUUGCAGAGGCGAUUCGUCAGCGAAUCACGUCCAUAGAACAAUUACGUUUCUGCAACUCUGGCACAGAGGCAAACCUACAUGCGCUGAGUAUUGCUCGCGGUGUGACUGGAAAGUCUAAAGUCAUUGUGUUCAAUGGCGGCUAUCAUGGCGGUGUUCUCACCUUCCCACAUGGAGUCGCUGAGAACAAUGUCGACAAGGAAGAUUGGAUUGUCGGCAAAUACAAUGAUGUGGAAGGAACCCGCAAACUCAUUUCUGAAAACAGUGAUAUAGCCGCAGCCGUGCUUGUCGAGGGUAUGCAAGGCGCCGGGGGAUGUAUACCGGGCACUGCGGAAUUCCUACACACAAUUCAGAAUGAGGCCAGGGCAAACGGGAUGGUAUUUAUUCUCGAUGAGGUUAUUACUUCUCGACUUGCACCGGGCGGACUUCAGUCUGUCGUCCGAAGCCCCUAUGAUGGCGCAGCGUUGAAACCUGAUAUGACCACUUUAGGGAAAUGGAUUGCCGGGGGAAUGACUAUUGGCGCGUUUGGGGGUCGUAAGGACCUUCUCGCGGCGUAUGACCCACGCCCUGCGUCGGAUACAUCAGAGAAGAAGGUUCAAAUUAGCCAUUCAGGAACUUUCAAUAAUAACACACUAGCCAUGAAUGUGGGGUUGGUGGCCCUGGAACAUGUCUAUAUGCCGGAGGUUUGCAUAGAACUCAACAACAUGGGGGAUUGGUUCCGCCGGCUUUUGCAAGAGCGCUGCCGAGGUACUAAAAUGACAGUCACUGGGCUAGGGGCAGUGUGUAACAUUCAUUUUACGUCGCACAUCGACAAAGCAGGAAUCGCCUCUGUGGAUGAUUUGGUAACAGAGUCGAACGGGGUUGAAUCGAUCUUGAAAGACUUGUUCUGGUACUAUGCCGUCCGGAAGGGCUACUGGAUGACCAGACGUGGCAUGCUGAGCUUGAUCUUAGGAACUAGCAAGGCGGAUCUCCAAGGUUUUCUCGAUGUGGUGGAGGCCUUUGUUCAGGAGCAUCGGGAUCUUCUUACAUAG